UUCCGGGAGCCAGCCGGGGGUUGAGCCGCUGCUGACCUGGGGGAGAGACCGGGAUCCAAGCCCCCUCCGCGCCCAGCCCUGGGGGCAGGGCACUUUCUCCGGGGGCUGGAACCGGCCCCGGGCUCUGCCCGCACCAGCCCCUGAGCCGGAGCCUGCAGGAGCUGGUGGCUUUCCAUGAGGAGUCUGCGCCUCUCUACAGGGUGCAGCGGGCUGGCGGAGAGCCCUCUGCAGGGACGCCAUGCAGGAGAAUUAUGAGACGCUGAUAUCUCUGGCAGAAGAGAUGGCCAUCAGCAUGCCGCGGAUCACCGCGAUGGCUGAAUCCCACCGCAGGGAGCUGGUGUCAGCGGGAUUUCCGAUUUCUAAGCCUGACCUGCUCUCCUGGAUGGAACGAGGGGAAGAACCAUGGGUCCCAGAUCUCCAGGCCUCUGAGGACAGGGAGAUCUCGAGAAGCAGCAGCCCAGGCGAAGGGUCAGCGAGUGAAGAGGAGGAGGAGGAGGAAGACGAAGAGGAGGAAGAGGAAGAGGAGGAGCAGCCACCGGGAUCUCCUGGGAAAACAGAGCUGCAGGAGACAUCACCAGACAAAGAGGAGGUGGAGAAUCCCAGCGCAGGGCCGGAUGGGAAACUGCAGAGCUCGGAAGGGAAGAAUGAGGACAAACCUGCAGGCCAGACAGGAGGCCUCAAGCAGCCGCCGGCGCCUGCGGGGGUGGACAAGGCAUUCCGCUGCGCCGAAUGCGGGAAGACCUUCAGCCAGCGCUCCAACCUGAUCCGGCAUCAGCGCCUCCACGCCACCGACAAGCCCCACAAGUGCCCUGAAUGCGAGAAGAGCUUUGGCGAGUCGGCGGCGCUGGUCCGGCACCAGAAGUCCCAUGCAGCCGGGAAGCCCUUCCAGUGUGGGGACUGCGGGAAGGGCUUCAACUGGAGCUCCCACCUGGAGCGGCACCGGCGCAUCCACACUGGCGAGCGGCCCUAUGAGUGCGGGGACUGCGGGAAAGGUUUCAGCGUCAGCUCCCACCUGGAGCGGCACCGGCGCGUCCACACCGGCGAGCGGCCCUACAAGUGCGAGGAGUGCGGCAAGUGCUUCACCGUCAGCUCCACCCUGACCCAGCACCGCCGGGUCCACGCUGCUGACAAGCCCCACCGGUGCCAGGACUGCGGCAAAGCUUUCGGGCUGGGCGCUGCCCUCCUGGCCCACCAGCGGAAGCACCGGGGGGAAAAACCUUUCCAGUGCCCCGAGUGCGGCAAAGCCUUUGGCUUCACCUCCCACCUGGAGCGGCACCGUCGCGUCCACACUGGAGAGCGGCCCUUCCAGUGCGACGACUGUGGGAAGAGCUUCAGCCGCAGCUCCCACCUCUACCGGCACCGGCGCGUCCACACUGGGGAGAAGCCACGGAAAUGCGCCGACUGCGGGAAGAGCUACCACCUCAGCGCCGCCACCGUGGCCCAGCUCCAGGCCACACCUGCCGGCAGCCCCCACAAGUGCCCCGAGUGCGGGAAGGGCUUCGGACAGAGCUCCUCGCUGGUAAAGCACCAGCGGAUUCAUACCGGCGAGCGGCCCUUCCAGUGCGGUGAGUGCGGCAAAUGCUUCGGCUGGUGCUCGGCCCUCAUCAAGCACCGGCGCAUCCACACCGGGGAGCGGCCGUACCGCUGCGACGAGUGCGGGAAGGCCUUCAGCGUCAGCUCCCACCUGGACCGGCACCAGCGCGUCCACGCCGGUGACAAGCCGCACCGCUGCCCCGAGUGCGGGAAGGGCUACGGCGAGCCAGCAGCGCUGGCCAAGCACCAGAAAUCCCACGCCGCCGGGAAGCCCUUCCAGUGCGGGGACUGCGGGAAAGGCUUUGCUUGGAGCUCCCACCUGGAGCGGCACCGGCGCAUCCACACCGGCGAGCGGCCCUACGAGUGUGGAGACUGCGGGAAAGGCUUCAGUGUCAGCUCCCACCUGGAGCGGCACCGGCGCGUCCACACCGGCGAGCGGCCCUACAAAUGCGACGAGUGCGGCAAAGCCUUUGCCGUCAGCUCCACCCUGGCCCAGCACCAGCGGGUCCAUUCCGGUGGCCGGCCCCACCGCUGCAAGGACUGCGGGAAGCGGUUCGCAGCGGGGGCCCAGCUGCUGGCCCACCAGCGGGCCCACCGGGGCGAAAAGCCCUACCCCUGCGGUGUCUGCGGCAAGAGCUUUGGCUUCAUCUCCCAUCUGGAGCGGCACCGGCGUGUCCACACGGGCGAGAAGCCGUACAAGUGCCCCGACUGUGGCAAGGCCUUCAGCCGCAGCUCCCAUCGCAACCGCCACCAGCGGGCCCACGCCGCCGCCGCCACCCAACACCGGCCCUUUAAGGGAGGGGGCGGGGCUGAGGCAGAGACAGACUCCACCCCCUCUGGCCCGGCCAAACCACAGAGAGGUCCUGCCGCCGCCGCCGCCGAGGCUGCCCUCUCUCUCCUGCCAACCUGGUGGGGGGAAGGGGAGAGGAGGAGCAGCCAGGCCCCGGCCUGGGCGGAGGAUGCCACAGCAGCAGCCGUGCCCUUCCCCCACACUGCCGGGGGGCUGCGGGGAUGGGGCAUGAAAACCUUCCCUGCCUCGGACAUGGCUCCCACCCCGUGGCGGCUGGGGGAUGGUAGCUCAGGCUGGGCAUCCGCCCUGCCCCAGGAGGCCUGGCCCCAGCUGCCACCCACUUCCUAACCAGCCUCCCAUCCUUCUCUGGAGCUGUUUACUGGGGCCAGUGGCCCCCUGCCCCCUUCCCAGAAUGGGGGACAGGCAGCAGGCCCUCCUCUCUAGACUGGCAGGGUGGGGACAGACAGUGGGUGCUCCUGGCAGCUGUCGGGCGCUAACCCAGCCACCCCACCUGGCAGGGAUAUGUCCUGACCAACGAGAGGUGGUCUCCCGCCAUGCACGCACGCACCCAUUCCCUAUCCCAGAGCCACCACUGGCCUGAAGAUGUGUCACCCCCGAGAGCACCAGGCUCACCCCCGGAUCCCACACCCGAGGGGGAAGGGAACCAGAGGGGAGGAGGUCACUUGAGUAUUGGGGAGAUAUGGGGGGGAUGAGAAUUAUCAGGGGAGGGGGGCGAAUUAAGCACCUGGAGCACAAAGGAGGAAGUGAGGACGAGGUGCUGGGAGGGGGCUGGAUUGAGUGCUGGGGGGGUAGAGUUGCCACUCAUCUGGUUUUCACCCAGACAGUCUGGGUUUUGGCUUGUGUCCGGGUGCCAUUUGACAAGCCCUGAUGUCCAUUUUUUUAAUGGGAGAAAGAGGAAGAGGCGGAGCAGGGAUGUGAGGCCUCAAGGAAAAAGGUGGU